AUGCCCGCAGCGGGGAUGAAUCCACAAGACCUAGAGAACGACGGCCAACAGCCUGUCGAGGUUCCCAAGCAACCGUCUCGUUCCACGCCAUCAAUACCAGAUUAUGAUGAGCGCAGUGAGAGCUCGGAAGGGGAGCGGCCACCUUUACCCCCGCGGCCAAAUACGCUGAGUUUGCUAAACGAUGAAACGGGCACGCGAGCAACUCUACAAGCUGGGGCAACCACAGCUAUCUCGAGAACCGAUAUCGAGACACAAUCGCCGGAGGCUGCGGGCAGUGCUUAUUCAACGCUAGCCAUGCGUAAUUUGACCCGGGUUCCGAAAGCCAAGGCGAGCCUCAGCCAGUUGGCAAGCCCACGGGGUAGCGAAGCAGGUGACUCGGCUAGCAUUAGAAGCUCAAUUCCAUAUGGCGACACAGGGGAUGUGGAAACUUUAUUCAUGGACUUUGCUGCUACAGGUUCCGGGAGUCAAGGACAUGAUACCCCAGGCCUUCUUGACUUUCCUGAAUUUGCGGCCGACGACAUAGAUGAUGACGGAAUUCUUAGUGAAUUUGAAGCAGUUGGCGAACUCAACGAGUCAGGUGAUAACGAAGAAAUGUUACUCCAGCGGUGGAAGGCGAAGCGCAAGCAUUAUGUGAUCCUUUCGGCGGCCGGUAAGCCGAUCUGGACAAGGCACGGUGAUAGUGGCCUGAUAUCUGGCUAUGUCGGUGUCAUUCAGACCAUCAUAUCAUUUUAUGAAGAUGCAAAAGAUCACCUACGAGGCUUCUCUGCUGGUGACACUAGAUUUGUUGUGUUGACACGAGGGUCUUUGCACCUCGUCGCAAUCAGCCGGAUGAUGGAAAGUGAUAAUCAGCUCCGGCUUCAACUGGAAGCAUUAUAUAUGCAAAUUCUAUCUACGUUGACACUGCCUUCUCUUACUCAUCUCUUCUCUGUUCGGCCCUCUACCGACCUGUCGCGACCCCUUCAAGGCUCAGAGUCUCUUCUCUCAUCUUUGGCAGAUAGUUUCACGCGAGGCUCUCCGUCAACAUUGUUGUCCGCUCUCGAGUGUCUCAAAAUCCGCAAACAACAUCGACAGGCCAUUAAUAACGUACUUCUGAGAACCAAAGUCAAUGGUCUUCUAUAUGGCCUGCUUGUGGCCGGCGGUCGACUCGUCAGCGUUAUCCGACCAAAGAAACACUCCUUACACCCGGGCGAUCUACAGCUCUUAUUCAAUAUGGUUUUCGAAGCUGAUGGUGUCAAAGCUGGAGGUGGUGAAAGCUGGAUCCCCGUCUGUUUGCCUGGCUUCAACAGCAGCGGCUAUCUCUACAUGUACGUCAGCUUUCUUGACAUGCGAAACGAUAUCGAAAACAGUGCAGAAAUCACCAAAGAUGAGUCUGUUGCCAUUGUUCUUAUCAGUCCCGACAAAGAAGCUUUCUUUGAGAUGCAAGCAAUGCGUGAUUCCCUUGUGGAGCAAAUGGAGAAAAAUGGGAGUCUGAAGGAGAUAAAAUCAGCGAUCGACAAUGGUCGGCCUGCAACUACGGAUAUAGUUCCAGGAACUGUGGUCCAUCAUUUCCUGUAUAAAUCUCGCGCCAAUGUACAGUUCACCAUGUCAUCAUAUGCUCCUGAAUUUUCCUCGGUAACUCGGCGGCGAAGGUUGAUGUCGAUGUACAACAACUUGCAUGCGAGCAUUCACUCCAAAAACACUCACGUCAAAGUUCAUCACUGUGUUUCACGGUCAGCUACCUCGUUCGGAUGGGUAACCCCAGUGUUUGAAUUCUACUGCAUCGCUGAGCCGAACACUAAUCGGAAUGCACUUGCACAUAGUGCUAGCAAGAUUGCUCAGUGGGUGCAGCGUGAGGAGGAAAGGUUAUUUAUCAUUGGCGGUGCGGUCUUCUGA